GCGACUUCACAGCUGACAUCACCAUAAUACAACUACGUCACAAAAUACCAGCCAAGCCAACUCACUCCCCCUCUCAUCAUCAUGGUCAAAGUACAAGGGACCUGCGACCCGCGCUUCGCCAAAGUCAAAUCCGUAUUCCAAUCCUACCUCGACUCGGGAGAAGAGCUCGGCGCCUCCAUCUCCGUCAACCUCGACGGAAAAGAAGUCGUCGACCUCUGGGGCGGCUAUGCAGAUGAAGCUCGAACGCGGCCAUGGGAGAAAGACACCAUAACAUGCGUUUGGUCGUCUAGCAAGACUAUCUGCGCCCUGGCAGCUCUUGUGUGCAUCGACCGUGGUCUUCUGGAUCCGAAUGAGAAGGUGUGCAAAUACUGGCCCGAAUUCGCUGCGAAUGGGAAGGAAGGUGUGGAAGUUCGACACUUUCUUUCGCAUGCAAGUGGAGUGAGUGGUUGGGAGGAGGCCGUUACGAUUGAGGAUGUGUGCGAUGUUGAGAAAAGUACGAAGUUGCUGGAGCAGCAGGCGCCGUGGUGGGAACCUGGUACAGCGAGCGGCUACCACGGGCUCACAAUGGGCCAUCUGAUCGGCGAAUUAAUCCGUCGUGUAACCGGGAAGCCGAUGCAGCAAUUCAUUGCUGAGGAACUCGCUCGUCCACUCACGGCGGACUUCCAACUUGGUGUUCCGGAGAAAGAAUGGCACAGGGUCGCCGAUAUCAUUCCCCCACCACAAGCACAAGAGAAUAUGGAGGGCAUUGCCUUGGAUACAAAUAGCCUCAUGUUCAAGUCCAUGGGGAAAAACCCUGGCAUGGACGCUGACUGGGCCAAUCAACCAGUCUGGAGGGGUUCAGUCGUUGGUGCGGCAAACGGAUACAGCAAUGCCCGCGCUCUCGUUCGCCUCCUCUCCGUCAUCUCCUUGGAGAACCCUUCUUUCCUCUCUGCCAAAACUCUCGAUCGAAUCUUUUCGACUGAGCAAGAGGGCGAGAAGGAUCUCGUUAUUCCGAUGAAGGUCCGUCUGGGGCUGGGAUUUGGGUUGCCAGCUGAAGGUAGCAUAAUGGCUGAUCUGCCACCGGGACGGGCGGCGACCUGGGGCGGGUGGGGCGGAAGCCGGGUCAUCGCUGACGCGGACAGGAGGAUGACAUUCGGAUAUGUUAUGAACAAGAUGGAUGCAGCGGGAUUGGGGCAGACGAAUGAGAACGGCAAGGGUGGCAUGGGCAAUUCGAGGACGUCGGCGUAUAUUGCAACAGUUUAUGAGGCGUUGGGUAUCGUGGCUUGAGAGCGCAUCUCUCGAUCUACUUAUGGGACGACGGUGCCUUGGUUCUCGGAGCUUUGCCGCUGUUGCUGUUGAUUGACCACUUGUUUUGGCCAUUCCAUCCAUUCGGCCCAGUAGGAUCCUAGGCAGUCAUCUACUACACCUACGAUGCUCGUACCGCAACCUGCCGUCCACCAACCUG